UCUGAGAAAGCAUCAUGGGAUGAAUGGAGGUCUGUGAGACAUUGGCUGCAUAAAGAGGAGCCUCCACAGAGCAGCUCUCCACCACAGAAGAUCCAAGGCUGUGAACAUGAAGACUCUGGUGCCUCUCUGCCUCCUCCUCUGCGUCCUAGAAUCCCUCUCAGCCGCACCGGCCGCCCUGUCGAUGAUGGAGGUUGAAUGCUGUCUGCAACACAAUAAGAUCCACGUGCCCAAAAACAAGGUGAUCCACAUCAAGAUGACCUCAGGGGACUGCCCACUCAAGGCCAUCAUAAUCACAACUGAAAAGAGGAAGUUUUGCAUCGAUCCUGAAUUGAUUUCUGCAAAGAGACAGUUGGCGGCAUUUCAGAAGCGACUUGGUACUACUACUGCUGGUACUUCACGUCCCAGAAAUGUAAUGACGUCCAGCUCCUUUGUGCGUCGUGAUGCCACGCAGAGCACAACCAUUCACCGAUGAUCACACAGAAAACCAACCAAACGUUUAUGUGCUAUUGAAAUGUAUUUUUAUAUGUCAAACAGGACAUGACUCAAUAUUCAUCACUCUGCAAAUGGCUCCUGUGUUUUAAUGUAUUACUUUCAGAUGACAAGAUGUAUAAAUGCUACAAGCUGUACAAGCCCUUUCAAAAUAAAAGCUUUAUUUUUUGCAUUAAAUGUUCAGCUCUCCUUAUUUUGGAGGAACAAAGACGAAGGCAGAGCAAAACGAUGUCAUUUAAAAAAGGGAAAUGUCCACUUCGACAGGUUGAAGAUACUCGUGUACAAUAAUGGAGUACUUUCCUUCAGUAUUUCCAUUCUUUGCUUCUUUAGACUCAGAAAAGAGGAGGCGUAGGAUAACAGGUGCCUGUCGGUGAAUUCAUAAUGUCUCCAUUGUUUGUGGUCUGAGGGGAAGUGAUGGUGCCAGCAGGGAAAAAGGCUCUUUAAGAACUCUCCAUCUGUCAGCAUCACGGGACCAACCGGCCACUCAGCCUUCAUUUAAAUAAUAAUUCUGUCUGAUGGAAAAAGGCCGGCUGCCUUUAAUGUGAAGUGUCAGAAUGAUGGUGGUAAUAUUGAUGAAUCGAGAGGCGCAGAAGUUAUUAUAAGUUAUAAGUAAGUACAUCAGUACUUUAGUGUUUAGCUCUAGUACUUCAAGGCACUACCUCUAUUUUAGAUGCGUUAUACUUCUACCUCAGAGGUAAGUAGUGUCACUCCACUACAUCUCGGAGGUAGAUCUACACCAGGUUUCUUUUUAAAUGAACCUGGUUCACACAGAACAGAAUGUAAAGAUCAUUUCCGUUAGUUUGCAUUGACUUACAUUCAUCUCCUUCACAAAAGAAGGGUGCAGUUUAACACCAAAGCGGGUCUGACUGUGAGGCCCUGCUGUGGAAUGACACGUCUCCUAAAGGGACACUACCACGCUGCUUGUUGCAUGUUUUAGUUGAACUCGAGC